GACAUUUUUAAUGUUCAAACCUACAAUUCUCUUAUUAUGGUCUUACCUACAAUACCAACUUACAGUGACUACCGUACUAUAUAUAGGAUUUUCCAUGGAAUCUUCAAUUGUCCUGUGGGACCUUUCAAUGUGCAUCCGUACUUAUAUACACGCCAAGUAACUACAAAUUCAGUCAAAAAAAAAAAAAAUUUAAGUACCAUAUUUUUACAACACUUGAAACAGUCAACUCACAGUCUCUAUAAAUAGGUACCCUCACCUUGUUCAAAUGGUACUCAGGGUUUCAGGAAUUCAUUUAUAUUCUUCAAGGCUCUUGAAAUUGUAACUUCAAAACCUACCUUCAGUUUAUCCAUCAGCACGUACUCUAAAACUUAAAUCUUUUUCUCCCCUCUCUCUCUCUUCGUACAUACCUUCUCCUGAAUUUAUCAUGGAAGGAGCAAAAUCAACUUUACAGCCUCCAACUUUCGGAAAUUUGAUCACCAUUCUUAGCAUUGAUGGUGGUGGAAUUAGAGGAAUUAUCCCCGGGAUUAUCCUUAACUUCCUAGAGUCCCAACUCCAGAAACUGGACGGUGAGGAUGCAAGAAUUGCAGACUAUUUCGACGUGAUUGCAGGAACAAGCACUGGCGGUCUUGUGACUGCCAUGCUAACAACACCAAAUGAAAAGAACCGCCCAACGUUUGCUGCCAAAGACAUCAAGGAAUUCUACCUCCAACACUGCCCUAAAAUCUUCCCUCAGGACAGUUGUCCAUUUGCUCAUGCUACAAAAGUCAUGAAGGCUCUCUCAGGACCCAAAUAUGAUGGCAAGUAUCUCCACAAUAUCGUUAAAGAAAAACUGGGAAACACAAGGUUGCACCAAACAUUAACUAAUGUUGUGAUCCCUACUUUCGACAUCAAGAAACUUCAACCAACCAUCUUCUCAAGUUAUCAGGCGAAGAACAACCCAAGCUUAGAUGUCUUACUCUCCGAUGUAUGUAUUUCGACUUCAGCUGCCCCAACCUAUCUUCCUGCCUAUCAUUUUGAAAACAAGGAUUCCUCUGGAAAAGUGACAGAAUUCAAUCUUAUUGAUGGUGGUGUAGCUGCUAAUAAUCCGGCUUUGCUUGCUAUGGGUGAAGUGACAAAGGCAAUUAACCGGGGCAAUCCUGACUUCAUUGCUAUAAAUCCGGACUAUAAUAGGUUUCUUGUUGUAUCCUUAGGGACUGGUACAGCAAAAGCCGAAGAGAAAUAUGAUGCAGAUGAUGCAGCAAAAUGGGGUGUUUUGGGAUGGUUGACAAGUAAUGGUUCGACUCCACUAGUUGAUGUGUUUACUCAAGCAAGUGGUGAUUUGGUGGACUUCCACAUUUCUACAGUGUUUCAAGCCCUUAACUCCAAAGAAAAUUAUCUUCGGAUUCAGGAUGAUACAUUAAAUGGUACUGUGGCAUCAACCGAUGUUGCAACUAAGCAAAACUUAGAUGAUUUGGUAAAAGCCGGCCACCAAUUGUUGAAGAAACCAGUUUCGAGGGUAAAUUUAGAGACUGGUGUGUAUGAACCUUCUAAUAAUGGUACCAAUGAGGAGGCUCUCAUAAGGUUGGCAGAAAUCCUCUCGAAGGAGAAGCAGCUUCGUGACGCCAGAUCACCACGCCAGCAAGUCGCAAAGUUCAACUGAUAUAUUUGAUUUGAUUUCCUUACAAAAAUUCUACUAAUCAUUUUUUUAAUAUUUUAAAGGCAAAAUUCUUAUUAUUUGACUUGUAUUCAAUUGUAAUUUACCUCUUGUGCGAAUAAAUCGUGGGUGUAUGUCACUUGAUGUAACUCAUUAUACAAUUUUUUUUUUUCAGUAUUUGAAUAAAUUAAGAAUUAUGUAUUGGUA